AUGGAAGACAACUUUCAUCUGGAUAGCUUUAAGGCCAGGAUGUCGGCAGCACACAAAACUCCUCUCAUCGCCAUAAACAUGGGGGCUCCUGGCAGGCUCAGCCGCGUUCUGAACGGCUUCCUUACACCAGUCUCGCACCCUUGUCUUCCCGAAGUAGCAGCACCAGGUCAGAUGUCCGCUGCUGAGAUCUGGCAGGGCCUGACACUGUUAGGUGAAGUAAAGCCGCUGAGUUUCUAUCUCGUUGGCACGCCCAUUUCGCAGUCAAGGUCGCCAGCCCUCCAUAACAGCCUCUUUCAGCGAACUGGACUGCCUCAUCGAUAUGAACUGCGAGAGACCAACCAAGAGAUCGAUUUCAGGAGCAUGCUGCAAAGCGACGGUUUUGGGGGCGCUUCUGUCACGAUUCCACUGAAGCAACAAGUCACAAAAAUUGUCGAUGCCCUAACCCCAGCUGCCAAGAAGAUUGGAGCUGUCAACACCGUGGUACCACUUGACGAUCACAUCAGGGACCCCAAAUGUCCUCGCCGUUUCCUUGGCGACAAUACUGACUGGAAAGGAAUAGUGUAUGUAUUGAGCCAGAAAUGCUCGGUACAUGCCAAGCAAUGGCUCCUCAACACUGGUCGUUGGGUCGGGGGGUACGACGCGCGCUGCUAUUUAUGCAUUACACUCCCAUGGGAUUCCGUUCAAUUUACAUUUUGGCGCGGGAUCCGAACAAGGCCAAACGCCUCGCAGCAGAGUUUCCGGAUUAUAAUGUCCAAGUUUUAG